GUUCUGGGAGGCGGGGAGAAGGAGGUUGGCGGCGGCUCCCUCGCUCGCCCUCACUGCUGGCGGUCCCAGCUCCAGGCACCAUGUUCCCCGCGGGCCCCCCCAGCUACAGCCUCCUCCGGCUCCCCGUGCUGCAGUUACUGCUGCUGGUGGUGCAGGCCGUGGGGAGGGGGUUGGGCCGCGCCAGCCCGGCCGGGGGCCCCCUGGAAGAUGUGGUCAUUGAGAGGUACCACAUCCCCAGGGCCUGUCCCCGAGAAGUGCAGAUGGGGGAUUUUGUGCGCUACCACUACAACGGCACUUUCGAAGAUGGCAAGAAAUUUGACUCAAGGGUAAAUCGGCCAGAGGCGCAGGCCGCCCAUUUUGCCAGCCUUGGGGUUUCGGGGCUCAUUCCACCGGAUGCCACCCUCUACUUCGACGUGGUUCUGCUGGAUGUGUGGAACAAGGAAGACACUGUGCAGGUGAGCAUCUUGCUGCGCCCGCCCCACUGCCCCCGCAUGGUCCAGGACGGCGACUUUGUCCGCUACCACUACAACGGCACCCUGCUGGACGGCACCUCCUUUGAUACCAGCUACAGUAGGGGCGGCACUUACGACACCUACGUCGGCUCUGGUUGGCUGAUCAAGGGCAUGGACCAGGGGCUGCUGGGCAUGUGUCCUGGAGAGAGAAGAAAGAUUAUCAUCCCUCCAUUCCUGGCCUAUGGCGAGAAAGGCUAUGGGACAGUGAUCCCCCCGCAGGCCUCGCUGGUCUUUCACGUCCUCCUGAUUGACGUACACAACCCGAAGGACACUGUCCAGCUAGAGACACUGGAGCUGCCCCCGGGCUGUGUCCGCAGAGCCGUGGCUGGGGACUUCAUGCGCUACCACUACAAUGGCUCCUUGAUGGACGGCACCCUGUUUGAUUCCAGCUACUCCCGCAACCACACCUACAAUACCUAUAUCGGGCAGGGCUACAUCAUCCCCGGGAUGGACCAGGGGCUGCAGGGCGCCUGCGUAGGGGAGCGCCGGAGAAUUACCAUCCCCCCACACCUCGCCUACGGGGAAAAUGGAACUGGAGACAAGAUCCCUGGCUCGGCCGUGCUCAUCUUCAACGUCCACGUCAUUGACUUCCACAACCCUGCGGAUGUGGUGGAAAUCAAGACACUGUCCCGGCCAUCUGAGACCUGCAAUGAGACCACCAAGCUUGGCGACUUUGUUCGAUACCACUACAACUGUUCUUUGCUGGACGGCACCCAGCUCUUCACCUCGCAUGACUACGGGGCCCCCCAGGAGGCGACUCUGGGGGCCAACAAGGUGAUCGAAGGCCUGGACAUGGGCCUGCAGGGCAUGUGUGUGGGAGAGAGGCGGCAGCUCAUCGUGCCCCCGCACCUGGCCCACGGGGAGAAUGGAGCCCGGGGCGUCCCCGGCAGUGCUGUGCUGCGGUUUGAGGUGGAGCUGGUGUCCCGGGAGGAUGGGCUGCCCACAGGCUACCUGUUUGUGUGGCACGAUGACCCUCCUGCUAACCUGUUUGAAGACAUGGACCUCAACAAGGAUGGAGAGGUCCCUCCGGAGGAGUUCUCCACCUUCAUCAAGGCUCAAGUGAGUGAGGGCAAAGGACGCCUCAUGCCUGGGCAGGACCCUGAGAAAACCAUAGGGGACAUGUUCCAGAACCAGGACCGCAACCAGGACGGCAAGAUCACAGUCGAGGAGCUGAAGCUAAAGUCAGAUGAGGACCAGGAGCGGGUCCACGAGGAGCUCUGAGGGGCAGGGAGCCUGGCCAGGCCUGAGACACAGAGGCCCACUGCGAGGGGGGCAUGGCGCUAGGACUGACCUGCUGACAGUCACCCUCCCUCUGCUGGGAUGAGGUCCGGGAGCCAUCUAAAACGAUGGCAGAGGAGACAUCUCUGGGGUUCCCACCACCCUAGAUGAAAAUCCACAGCACAGACCUCUAUGCCAUUUCUCUUCCAACCCCAAACCCCUUCCUUAAAAUGUUUGGAUUUGCAAAGCCAGUUUGAGGCUGGUGGAGCCCGGGGUUGGACAGGGCCAUGGCUGGUCUCUCACCACACCUCCCCUCCACGUCACUAGCAUAGCUGGGCUUGUCAUCUGUCUCCCCAAACUUUCUCUUUAUUUGUACUUGUCACCCCCACUCCCUGACCCCAUUCCUCUCUGUGACAGCUCCCCAGGACGCCUCUGCCUUCCUCCCCAGCUCUGACUGGCUCCUGGGGAAGGGGAGCCCCAUGCCUUUUGCUCUUCCCCCUCGCCUCCAGUGGAGGCUGAGCUGAUUUUGGGGUGCUGGAGGCUAGGACUGGGCUGUAGGUAGCUCUUCAUCCCUAAAGAAGGCACCUUUCCCUAAGGAACCAUGGAAGAGGAAGAAAACAAAGGGUGUGUGUGAGGGAACCUGCUUGGGUGGGUGUGAGGGCUACAAAAUCUUGGAUUUGGGGCUGAGGGGUGGGAGGGAGGUGGGCAGAGCUCUGCACACUCAAAAGGCUAAACAGGUGUCAGUCCCUUUUUCCUUUGUUCCACAUAAAAGAUUAAACCAA